GACGCCCGGGGGGCGGGGAUUUCCGGCAAACUCGUGCUUGCCACAGUGAGGAGAGUGGGCGUUCGAUCCGUCUUCUUCCACCAGCUUCAUACAUGACUGCACGGCCGGCGUCGCGCAAGUUGUGAAAUUUCCCAGUCGCAAGUUCGGGCCGACGAACAUGACGGAGGGCUCCGCGAGCAAGCCGUUCAACGGCGACCCCUGCCACCGCGCCUCGAACGGCAAGAGACCGAGCAAAAAUGGCUUCGUGAAGAGCCACUGCCUGUUCCAACAGCCGCAGAAGUACCGCCGCCCCCGGGACAAGAACCGAAAUGUCACACACAACUCCAGCCUGUACAAGAAGCCCUACGUGGAGUCAUACGAGGAGACUCCUCUUCUGGUGGCCGUGCUCACCUACAUGGGCUACGGCGUCCUCACUAUCUUCGGCUACCUCCGAGACUUCCUCCGCCACUGGAACAUAGAGAAGUGCAACGUGGCCCGGGAGAGAGAUGAGCAGAAGGAUUUUGUCCCGCUCUAUCAGGACUUUGAGAAUUUUUACACCAGGAAUUUAUACAUGAGGAUCCGAGACAACUGGAACAGACCCCUCUGCAGCGUCCCCGGUGCCAAGAUGGACCUGGUGGAGAGAGUUACCCACGACUACAACUGGACCUUUGAGCGCACGGGCAAAGUGCUGAAGGACGUCAUCAACAUGGGCUCAUACAAUUACCUCGGCUUUGCCGAGAAUGUUGGCGCCUGUGCCGACGCUGCUAUCGACACAACGCAAAAGUAUGGAGUUGGAGUGGGCAGCGCUCGCUGUGAGAUGGGGAACCUGGACAUUCACGAUGAGCUGGAGCAGUUGGUCGCCAGAUUCCUGGGAGUUGAGUCGUCCAUGUCUUUUGGCAUGGGCUUUGCCACCAACUCCAUGAACAUUCCUGCUCUCACCGGGAAGGGCUGUCUUAUCCUGAGCGACGAGCUGAAUCAUGCAUCGCUGGUGCUGGGAGCCCGUCUGUCUGGCUCCACAAUUCGGGUUUUCAAACACAACAACAUGCAAAGCCUGGAGAAGCUGCUGAGAGACGCCAUCGUACACGGGCAGCCAAGAACCCACCGGCCCUGGAAGAAAAUCCUCAUCGUUGUGGAGGGCAUAUACAGUAUGGAGGGGUCCAUAGUGCGUCUGCCAGAGGUCAUUGCUCUGAAGAAGCGCUACAAGGCCUAUCUGUACCUGGAUGAGGCCCACAGUAUCGGGGCCCUGGGUCCCAACGGUAAAGGAGUGGUGGACUACUUUGGCCUGGAUCCCAAAGACGUGGACAUCAUGAUGGGAACAUUCACAAAGAGCUUCGGUGCAGCCGGUGGAUACAUCGGAGGCAAUAAGGAGCUGAUCGACUACCUGCGGUGCCACUCCCACAGUGCGCUGUAUGCCACCUCCAUGUCCCCUCCCGUGGCCCAGCAAAUAAUCACUUCUAUGAAGAUCAUCAUGGGCGAGGACGGGACCACACUAGGUGCUGAUCGCCUCAGGCAGCUGUCACAGAACACCACCUACUUCCGCAAGAAACUCCGCGACAUGGGCGUCAUCAUCUACGGCAACGACGACUCGCCCGUCGUACCAAUGAUGCUAUACAUGCCUGCCAAAAUCGGGGCCUUCGGUCGGGAGAUGUUGAAGAGGAACAUCGGCAUCGUAGGAGUCGGCUUCCCGGCGACGCCCAUCAUCGAGUCGAGGGCACGUUUCUGCGUUUCAGCUGCUCACACCAGAGAGAUACUUGACAUAGUGUUGGAGGCGAUCUGUGAAGUGGGCGACCUGCUGCAGCUGAAGUACUCGAGACGCGAGCUGCCGCUUCCCUCUAUGGGGUGGAUGUCUGAGGAGAGUCUGCUGCAGGACUGAGCCCUCGUCCCAAAUCCACUUCCCCUCCCUUUCUUUGCCUUCUCUGGUCUGAUGUUUUCCUCUGAGCCCGUCUCUCCGCCCCCACGUCUCCGUAUCUCUUCACAUCCGACUCCCGAGGACUCACCAGUCUUCACCCUGGUCCGCCCCGUUUCAAAACCUUCUUCAGCCCCUAACAGAGGACCAAAAUCACACACAUCGUUCCGUGUCAGUUGUUACAGAGUUUGUCCUAACUUAUUGUUACUGCGUCAGUCUAACGUCAAAGUUUUAUUCCUGUGUGCACAUUGAAUGUGUAUCCUAUUUGUGCAAUAAUCACAACAAUGCAGAGUUUCGUUUUCAAACAACCAAGAGCAAAUUGGACAGAUUUUUGCCAUUAGUUCCUAUCCAUGCGCUUGGAGGAAAAUACAUCUGAUCAUAGCCAUUUCUAUGAUGCACUCAAAUGGGGAGGGGGAAAAAAUGUAAAUAUUAUUUAUCCUGAUGUUGGUAAAAACUGCCUUAGGGUAGCAUCCCAAACCGCAAAGAGAGAGACAGAUUAUUUCACAGGAGUUCUGAUCAUAUAUUUAUCUGAUGGCUUCUUCCUAAUCACUUUUACUUGAAGAGAGAGUAUAAGAUAUUGGGUUCUUUCCCUCACCAAAGGAUAUAUAUAUGUAUAGAUAUAUUUUCUACCUUUUCUCUUCAAAUGCAAAGCAAAUGUUCCAAAAGAAGAAGCAAAAAACAAUGGGGAAAGAUUCCCAUGGAGCGAGACUAAGGAAUAUUUUUUACCGCUUAUUUUCUAGAAAUACUUUUCAGCCUUAUUUACUUGUUUACACCUGCACUCAAAAAAAAACUUGAGCCCAGUCUUUAACAUUUCUAUAAGCUAAUGAGCUAUAAGCUAAUGAGCUACAAGCGUGAUUGUUUUUUUUUUCCUUCCGUUCAAAUCAUCUUCACUCAAGUGCUUUUCACAUGUUCCAGCGUCGACACCCACGUCUGAGCACGAUGACGCGCUGCAACUGGGAUCUGUAUGUAUGACGAUUUCGUGCCCACAUUUAUCUGAUUUACAGACCGCUUUUAUUUAUUUGUCGUCCCUCAGCCGCCUCGCGUUUGUUGAUUAAAUGUGUGUAUUACCUGGAAAGGCAGCUCCGUGUUUAUUUUUAACUGACUACUUACACGUCUUAAAGCUUCAGUGCGACACUACUGACGGGCAUUCUAAAUGCACAGAUGAUGUAGCCACUGAAAUGUGCAAGAUUUGUUCAAGUUAUGCGUCUUGUAUCAUUUGUCGUUUCUCAGAAUUUGAUCAUCUUCUGGAAUGACAUUCCACAUCAACCUGCUUCGAUUGUCUAGUGUGUUUUGCUUUUAACGUUUCGUCCGACUUGUCUGUGUGAUGUCAAACAUGCCACUGUCAAACUUCAUGCGUGUGUUUAUGCUCUUGUCACUUUAUGGGUGUGAAUCGGAGCGUGCGUCAGUGUAGCCAGUCUGAAAGCUGGAUGUGACCAUUACUACAGUUGUUCAUCAAAGUGAUUAAACUUCAGAGUUUAUGGCAUUUGGGCACAGCACACCCAGGGUUUUUGGUUUCUCCAACUGUACAUCCUUUAAACGUUAGUCGCAUUUUUGUGUGAGUCAUUCCAAUACUGUUGUUUGUUUGUUUUUUUAACAGAAAGUGGCUUGAAUAACUACUCAAUGAUGCAUUUUGCUUUUAAUAAAUAUAUAAAAGGUGGAACACGUGACUAUGAUCUGGAAUUGCACUUUUCAGCAAUGUUGUCAAAGUUUCCUCUGGAGCUGUCGGCAGCACCUUGCAGGACGUUAAAUGUCCACAUUUCUGUCGAUGGAGGCAAAAAAAAUGUAAUUGCAAACAGCAACGGUGACUUUCUCUCAGCCAGGUUUCCCCCACUGAAACUGAGGAAUUCAAAGUCCAGAGAGAUUUAUCUCCACACACACACACACACACACACACACACACACACACACACACACACACACACACACACACACACACACACACACACACACACACACACACACACACACACACACACACACACACACAGCCUAGCUACCACAAAUACCUGCUAGAUGACCUGCAGUCACCACUGGAAACUUGCUUAUCGCUUAGUCGCUUUUUGCCCUUGGGAGUCGUAUACUGGGGUUGAAGAUAAACCACUUGGAGGAGUUUGUGAAGCCAUGAUGUUUGUUGACCAUGCUGAUGGAAACUGCUCUAAAGAUUAAAUCACUUUCCUAGUAUCAAGA